AUGUAUCAGAGUGUAUACGGCUCAGUUCACCAGCGGAAUUUAAUCUACGUUAAGUACAUCUUCUUCAAAAUACUGGGACUAGCACCCUGGAAAUUUAAUCUUGUUACGAAGCAGUCCAAAAAUCAAACCGCAAAAACUACCAUCUGCAAAUUUUCGUACCUUGGAUUGUUGUACAAUGUUCUACUGACAACUUCUGUAUUUUUAAUGACUUCGUACUUUUGUCAUCAGCACAACUCUGUUCAAGCACAAGUCGAUUCGUUGGUGACUCCAUCAACUAUGAUGAACUUGCAAUACUUCGCUGUGCUAUUAUCGAGUUCGGUAUUCUUGAAUUAUACUUGUCGACAGAAGGACAUGAUCGGAAUCUUUAAUGAGAUUAUCAAAAUCGACAAAAGUUUGCAGAAGUAUACAUUUAAUUCAGCGAAAAAUGGGGACAUAAUAAUUAACUUGAUCUUCCUUGGACACCUGAUCACUUGUAGCACUCUGAUAUGUCUUCAAUUCUUUUUUCUCCAAUCAUUUUGGUUAGCUGUGCUGCGGUGCUGGCCCGCGUUUCUCUACUGCUGGGUGAUAGUCCAAUAUACAAUCAUGUUAGACAUGAUGGAAAAACGCUUCAAAUUCAUCAAUCUAAAUAUCGUUAAGCUGGGAGAGAUAAAAGCUAAUCCGGAAGCAUCGGAGCCGCUGUUCACCACCAAACUUGUGUUUCUGCGCGAGUCAGUGCUCUACGAUGUGAUUAAUAUGAAGGAUACUUACAACAAAUUGUGUGAUAUUUGCAAUAACAUUUCUGACUUCUAUGGGCUAUCUUUUUUGAAAGUAUUUAUGUACCACGGAACGUCAACGAUAUUAAUUUUGUACUUCAUGUUGGUGGCUUAUUACGAAUCAAAAGAUUUCCAUUUGCUGCUAUUUAUCAAAGACAUCGUAUUUGUACUGUGGAUGGUCUUUCAGAUUGUUAUUCUUACGACAUAUGUUAAUAAAACAAUAAAUAAGAGUGAAGAAACGCCGAAUAUUAUCAACACACUGAUGAGUCGAUGCGCGAUGCAUGAAAAAGUUGAAAAAGAACUGAUCAACUUUCUGCGCGAGCUUUCAUUUCGAAAAGUCAAAUUCACCGCUUGGGGAAUUAUUUCAAUAGACCGUUCACUUUUAGCGACCGUGAAUUGCUGGCACAGUCGCAACUUAUCUCAUAAUUCUCAUCCAAUUUCGUACUAG